AUGGAUGGUAGCAGCUUGCCUAAGCGCGAUGCUAACUUUGUUCCUCUGAGCCCAAUAACCUUCCUGCCGAGGGCCGCCUCUGCCUACGCCGAUCGCACCUCAAUCGUAUAUGGCAGCAUCAGCUUCACCUGGCGGCAGACGUACCAACGCUGCUGCCGCCUCGCCGCCGCGAUCCAGCAACUCGCCGUCUCCAGGAAUGACGUCGUGUCCGUUCUUGCACCCAACACGCCGGCGCUGUACGAGAUGCACUUCGCCGUGCCCAUGGCCGGCGCGGUGCUCAACGCCAUCAACACGCGUCUCGACGCGCCCAACGUCGCAGCCAUCAUCAAGCAUGCCGAGCCCAAGGUGUUGUUCGUGGACUACCAGUACAUCACCGUGGCCACGAAGGCGCUACAACAAAGCGUCUCCAUGGACAUGGGAGAUCACCGGAGGACGAUGCCCCUGCUUGUCGUCAUCGACGACAUCGAGAAGCCGACGGGUGUCACCGUCCCCGCCCCAUCAGGCGAGGGCGAUGGGCACCACCAGCUACCCGUCCUCGAGUACAAGCAACUGGUGGCGCGUGGCGACACGGCACGACACCCGCCCCGCCCUGUCGAGGACGAGUGGGACGCCGUCGCGCUCAACUACACCUCAGGGACCACCUCAGCGCCCAAGGGCGUCGUGUACAGCCACCGCGGUGCGUACUUGAGCACCCUGGCUCUCCUGCUCCAAUGGGGCGUCGGACACGAGCCCGUCUACCUGUGGUCGCUUCCAAUGUUCCACUGCAACGGGUGGAUGCUCACAUGGGGCAUGGCGGCGUGCGGCGGUGCCAACGUCUGCAUCCGCGCGCCCACCGCCGAGGCUAUGUACGCCGCCUUCGCCGCCCACGGCGUCACCCACAUGUGCGCUGCCCCGGUGCUCUUCAACAUCCUCUUAGAGGCCUGCCACGAGCCGCUGCCCCGCACCGUGGAAGUGCUCACCGGAGGCGCGCCGCCACCCGCGGCGCUGCUCCAGCGCGUCGAGCAGCUCGGCUUCCACGUGACGCACGCCUACGGCAUGACAGAGGCCACCGGCGUGGCCAUGGUCUGCGAGUGGCGUCACCAGUGGGAUGCCCUGCCGCCCUCUGAGCGGGCGCGCCUCAAGGCCCGGCAGGGCGUCAGCGCGCUCUCGCUCGCUGACGCCGACGUCAUCAAGGACCUCAAGACCAUGGAGAGCGUGCCCAGGGACGGCGCAACCCUCGGCGAGAUCGUGCUCUGUGGCAGCAAUGUCAUGAAGGGAUACUUGAAGGAUCCCGGCGCCACGGAGGCCGCGUUCCGGGGUAUGUGGUUCCUGACGGGCGACGUGGGUGUCAUCCACCCGGACGGCUACGUGGAGAUCAAGGACCGGUCUAAGGACGUGAUCAUCUCCGGCGGCGAGAACAUCAGCAGCGUGGAGGUGGAGGCGACGCUGUACCAGCACCCGGCGGUACAGGAGGCAGCGGUGGUGGCCAUGCCGCACCCGUACUGGGGUGAGACGCCGUGCGCUUUCGUGGCGUUGAAGAGGGAGUUCAAGGUGACGAAGGAGGAGGAGAUUCUGUCAUUCUGCCGGAACAAGCUGCCCCAUUUCAUGGCGCCGAAGAUGGUGAUCUUUGUUGACAGUCUGCCCAAAAACUCCACAGGCAAGGUGCAGAAGGUUGAGUUGCGCCAGAGGGCACAGAGGCUGACCAAAACACCAACGACUGCUGCGGUGUCUAGCAGGUUAUGA